GUCACUCUCACCUCUCUACCUUACUCACCGCACGGUUACCGCCGACCACAACGUCAGCCAACGACGGCGGCGGUCGUCAAACGUCACUCUCUUUGCCGACUCCUGUACGUCGUCCCUGCAUUGUCAGUGUCUGCUCACUCGGUUCAGACCAAAACAGUAAAAAAAAAAUGCUCACUCGGGCACUGCCCAAACCCCCUAAACCAAAAACCUCGUUCUGGCUUCCACCUCGAACAUUUUCAGCCUGCACCCACUGUCCAUCGCCACCCCAACCGGCAGCUGAAGAAGACGCCAAGGCUGUAGCCAAACUCGUCCUCCAAUCAGACCCCAAAACCCUCUCCGAAGCCCUAGCAAAGCCCACCUUCCAAUGGUCCCCGCACCUUGUCGACAGGGUUUUGAAGCUUCUGUGGAACCACGGGCCCAAAGCCCUCCAAUUCUUCAACGCCCUGUUCCGCCACCCGACCUAUGUCCACUCCCCUUCUUCGUUCGACCACGCUGUUGACAUGGCAGCACGCAUGCGCGACUAUCAGGCCGCGUGGGCCCUUGUGGUUCGCAUGCGCUCCCUCCGCAUUGGGCCCACUCCCAAGACCCUUGCCAUCCUAGCCGAGCGCUAUGCCUCCGCUGGAAAAGCCCACCGGGCUGUUAAUGUGUUCCUGUCCAUGCACCACCACGGCUGCCGCCAGGACCUUGCCUCUUUCAACACCAUCCUUGACAUUUUGUGCAAAUCAAGGCGCGUGGAGAUGGCUCAUAACCUCUUCAAGACAUUCAGGAGCAGGUUUAAUUGUGACAGUAUCACCUAUAACAUAAUCGCCAAUGGUUGGUGCUUGAUUAAGCGACCCCCUAUGGCGUUGCAGGUGUUUAAGGAGAUGGUUGAGAGAGGCAUCAUGCCAACGCUGGUGACAUAUAACAUAAUCUUGAAAGGGUAUUUUAUGACUCGUCAAUUGAAUGAAGCUUGGGAGUUUUUCUUGGAGAUGAAGAGGAGGAAGUGCGAGAUUGAUGUUGUUACAUACACUACUAUGAUUUAUGGGUUCGGGGUUGCGGGAGAGGUUAAGAAAUCAAAGAGGAUUUUCGAUGAAAUGGUUGGAGAGGGGGUUGUUCCAAAUGUUGCUACUUAUAAUGCUUUGGUGCAUGUUUUGUGCAAGAAGGAUAAUGUGGAGAAUGCUGUCUUGGUUUUUGAAGAGAUGGUGGUGAAGGGGUUUGUGCCAAAUUCAGUUUCUUACAAUGCUGUGAUAAGAGGGUUUUGUCAUGCUGGUGAGAUGGAGAGGGCAUUGCGGUUUAUGGCUAGAAUGGAGAAAGAGGGGUGUCAGCCAAAUUUUCAAACAUAUAAUGUGGUGAUUCGGUAUUUAUGUGAUGCUGGGGAUAUUGAGAAGGGUUUGGAGUUGUUUGAGAAGAUGGGGGAUGGGUCAUGCUUGCCGAAUCUAGACACAUACAAUGUUUUGAUUAGCGCAAUGUUUGUUAGAAAGAAAUCUGAGGAUUUGAUGGUGGCUGGAAAAUUAUUGUUAGAGAUGAUCAAUAGAGGGUUUUUACCCCGGAAGUUUACUUUUAAUCGUGUGUUAAAUGGGCUUGUCCUAACCGGCAAUCAAGAUUUUGCAAGGGAGAUUUUAAGUAUGCAGAGCAGGUGUGGUCGUCUUCCUCGUCAGUUGAAAUUGUGAGGCCCUUAAUGUUAGACUUGAGUUUGGAGAAACAUUGAACUCAAAAUUUGGGCAAUGUAUUUGAUGAUCAUGCCAUAGAGAGCCUUCAUCCACACAAGGUUCAUUGAUUUUGUUCUCCUUUCAGCUUCUGUUUAUUGCAUAUAAUUCAGACUAAGGUGAUAUUGUCUAUAUUAUGUUAAAUCUGUGUUAGUUCUGCAUAUGCUGUUUUAUAUUUUUGGUUGUGGUAUAGUGCCUGAAUGGAGAAAGAAGCCAUGAUUAAUGCUGUAGUGAAAUUGGAAUCAAUCACUUUUUGAAAUUGAUUCCCAAAACUCAUCUUUUUGUGACCCGGAUUUGUCAAUAUUUUACUCCUUAAUUCUUACUAGUGGUUUUGUGUGUCAUUGUUUCGUGAAUACAGAUAAUCCUUCAUCCAUAAUUUUUUAUUCUUUGUCCCUUAUAUGUAGAUUCAACUUAUAUGUAGAUACUAUGAUUUAGGAAUGUAACCAAAACUAAGAAUGAAACUAUUAUAAACAAGAGGUAGUAUUAUUCCGCCAAAUUCUUUCUCUUUUAGCUUAUACUAUUGUUGAUACAUGAAAACAGGUCACGGAACAUUUUGCAUCAGAGAAUAUUGUGUAUUUAGAGUUGAGAAGUACUCCUAUGGUGAUUAAACUUACGCUGACAAAACUGACCAUGAAAAAUUGAGUAAACUUACUCUGACAAAACUGACCAUGAAAAAUUGAUUAAACUCUACUCUCUAGCUUGUGAAUCUGAGUAUUCUUUUGUAUCCUCAUAGCUUACUUUAACUGGCACCAGCUAACUCAUAACUAACUUACAACUAACUACAACCAAUAAGUAACUAUGA